AUGUACCAAAUGACUUGCUCUGCUAAUUCUUCAGUAAUAACCUCUGCUUCACAAAUGUCUCAUAUGAUUGAUGUAAAGGCGGCAAAAGAUACUGAUGAUCCUGAAAAAAACAUGAAACAAAUCGAAGAUAUGAAAGAAGAUGUUGAAGAUAAUAAGCAAAGUUAUGUCAUCGUGAAGUGUAAAAUGAAUGAAGAAAAGAAUGAAAGUAACGAAACGAAAGAGAUAGUUAGUACAGACAAUAACGAACCACUACAAACAAGCAAUAAAGAAAAUGAAGACUCACCUUUGUCAAGUAAUAAGCUGGCCAAAAGAAUCAAAUGCACAAGUGAAAUAUCCGAUAAUGAGAUUGUUAAAAAAUCUAACAAUGCCAAUGCAAAGAAUCAAUGUAGUCCCAAAUGGUGUUACCAAAAUG